AUGCAGACGCUGCGAGUGGGCGCGCUGCUCGCCACGCUGGCCGCUGCCACCACCCUUCGCCUUCCCGAUGACGUGCUCGACAUCAUGAGCCGGGCACGCGGCGAGCUCGGCCCCCGCAGGUGGACAGGCUGGUACAAGCGCGCCGGCGAUGAGCAGCGUGCCGUGACAGCGGCCGGGAACGCCGCAGGGAACGUCACGGGCCGGGCCGGCACGCCGCCGACGCCAGCUGGCAGUAAACGGGCCGGGCAGGGAUCGUCGCCACCGCCGCCGCCACCCAUCUGGAGCAAACGCGUCGCCGCCGCUUCCAACUCACUGCAGCCAGCCUGGCGCAAACGCUCUGAGAGCGACUCGAGCCGGCCACCGCCGCCGCCAGUCUGGCUGAAGCGCUCGGGAGGCUCCGGUCGGCCGCAGGCGCCCUGGAACGCUCCCAGCGCCGAGGACGAUGACGAGUACGGACUGCCGCUGACGCCGGAGGACUUCGACAACGCGGAGCAUGUGUCGGACGACGCGCCACGGAGCGGCGCCGGCGGCGCGGAUCCCAUCGAGCUGGCCGGCCUAUUCGAGGGGGACAUCGCGCACGCCGACGCCGAGCAGCUGGGCGCCCUGGCCGACUGGGACGAGACGCUCGUCGACGACGGCGCCCUCCUGCGCAACGCUGUCCUCAACCCCAGCAGGCUCUGGCCCGGCGGGCAGAUCCCCUACACCAUCUCGUCGUCGUUCAGCGCGCACGAGCGGGCGGUGGUGGCGCGCGCGGCGCAGGCGUUCGCGACGCGCUCCUGCCUGCGGCUCGUGCCGCGCGACGGCCAGGCCGACUACGUGCACGUGAAGAGGGGUCGCGGCUGCAGCAGCGACGUUGGCGUACUCGGCGGCCGGCAGGAGCUGUCGCUGGGCGAAGGCUGCCUCUACACGGGCAUCGUCAUCCACGAGCUGUUGCAUGCCGCCGGCUUCUGGCACGAGCAGAGUCGCGCCGACCGCGACGAACACGUGCUCAUCCACUGGGACAACAUCCGGGCCGGCAUGGAGUAUAACUUCCAUAAGAAGCCCUGGAGUCAAACGCUGGACUUGGGGGAGCCGUACGACGUGGGUUCGGUGCUCCACUACGGGCCGCGGGCGUUUGCGGCCGACCCGACGCGCCCCACCAUCACGCCGCUGCAGUCGAGCUCCGAGAUGGGUCAGCGGAACGGCUUCUCCGCCACGGACGUGGCCAAGCUGAACCGGCUGUACGGCUGCGACGUCGGCGGUCCGGGCGCGACCACGGCCGCGCCGCCGGCAGCCACGUGCCGUGACGUCGCCGAGUGGUGCCGCUUUUGGGCUGACGGCGGAGAGUGUGAGCGCAACAAGAACUGGAUGGCCAUCAACUGCGCACAGUCGUGCGGCGCCUGCGGCGCAUGCGACGACCGCAGCGGCUCCUGCGCCCAGUGGGCGGCCACCAACCAGUGCACGGCCAACUGGAGCUACAUGAGCGUGUUCUGCCGACGCGCGUGCGGCCUGUGCGGUGCCGCGGCGGCGGCCGGCGUCACCGGCUGCGGUGACACGGACGGCCGCUGCGCCCGCUGGGCCGCCGCCGGCGAGUGCGACGCCAACCCGGACUACAUGACCGUCCACUGCAAGAAGGCGUGCGGCUCCUGCUGAGCGUCGGCAGCGGCGCCUCAUGGGUUGUGCUGUCGUUUGGUGCGGGUGUUCUCGUUACGUAGAUGAGAACGGGGUUCUACAGGGUUCUGUAGCUGAAACUUGUGGAUGCAGGCUCCUUCGGGGCACCAGCUUUGCAACCGAUAGCAGAGUUCCGCGAGCUCCGUCUCUCAGGGUUGACUAACACGCACUUCACGGUGAUGGUGUAUUCAAACGGCACUUACGGUUAGAAAUACGAUCCCCGUUUCAAUUAUCGGUGUGUAGAGCGGCGUCUGCUGAGGUAUAACUGAGACUACACGACGCGUGUUCAACGUCCUGCCUGACAUCCGCAAAAUAUACUUCACGGGACCGUGCG